AUGCAGAUCUUCGUCAAGACCCUCACGGGCAAGACUAUCACCCUUGAGGUGGAGUCGUCCGACACCAUCGACAAUGUCAAGUCCAAGAUCCAGGACAAGGAGGGCAUCCCCCCCGACCAACAGCGCCUGAUCUUCGCUGGCAAGCAGCUUGAGGAUGGCCGCACUCUUUCCGACUACAACAUCCAGAAGGAGUCCACCCUGCACCUCGUGCUCCGCCUGCGUGGUGGUGGCAAGAAGCGCAAGAAGAAGGUCUACACCACCCCCAAGAAGAUCAAGCACAAGCGCAAGAAGACCAAGCUGGCCGUCCUCAAGUACUACAAGGUCGACUCUGACGGCAAGAUUGAGCGUCUCCGCCGCGAGUGCCCUGCCCCCGAGUGCGGCGCUGGUGUCUUCAUGGCCGCCAUGCAGGACAGGCAGUACUGCGGUCGCUGCCACCUCACCUACGUCUUCGACCAGAAAUAA